AUGCUGCAAACAUGGAUGAUCUCAUAUCUUGAGAUCCAGAAGCGUGACCCAAACUCAGCAGACCUUCUAUUGCUACUUGCUUAUUUCGAUAAUCGUGAUAUCUGGUACGAGUUGGUGAAGAGUGGCCGUCACAGCUCAAACGUCCCGGACUGGCUUAAAAAGGCUAUAUCAAGCGGACUCGAGUUCAAAAUCGGUAUGAAGUCUCUCAUCGGAUUCUCUCUUCUUGAGAGUAAGCAACAAGAAGGAAGCUAUGCGAUGCACCCAGUGGUACAGGAUUGGUGCCUUCAUAUUGCCAACACAAACAAAAAUGUAAAUUGGAUUCAGCUUAAUGAGCUGGCACUGAUAUCUGUUGGAUACUCUGUGCCGAGUGCAAGUAAUAGGGACUAUUCAGAGCUUCAGCAACGGCUUCUUCCACACGCCAAUUAUGGCAAGCUUAAGGAGGCAGAAGAGAUGUACCAGCGAGCACUAGCAGGCUACGAGAAGGCCCUCGGUCCAAAUCAUACGUCCACUCUCGUCACAGUCAACAACCUUGGAAAUCUCUUCUCCGAUCAAGGGAAGCUGAAAGAGGCAGAAGAGAUGUACCAGCGAGCACUGGUAGGCCAGGAGGAGGCCCUCGGUCCAAAUCAUACGUCCACUCUGGAUACAGUGAACAACCUUGGCGUUCUCUAUAAGUGUCGUCACAACGCUUCUAGGGAUUGUCCAGAAUUACUCCGGUCUAUUGGCGGCGAGUCCAUCUAUUGCGGUAUAAACGCUCACCUAGUCAGGUACCCAAGAGCAAAUGCACAGUUCAGACUCGCCCUCAUCUUCGCCUCUGCCUCAAUGGCCGGGGCGUUCUCCGGUCUUCUGGCCUUUGCCAUCAGCAAGAUGGAUGGAGUCGGAGGGUUGGAAGGAUGGAGAUGGAUAUUUAUCCUGGAAGGUCUCCUGACAGUAGUGUGCGCGGUCCUGGCCUUCUUCGUGAUCUGGGAUGAGCCAUCGACCGCGACGUUUCUGUCGGACAGGGAAAAGGCCAUCAUCAUCGACCUGUUGGCGGACUCGCGAGCGAGCUCUAGCGAAGGCCAGCUGGAAGAGAAGAGUGCUUUCGACUGGAAACAAUUCUUGGCAGCAGUUCUAGACUGGCAAGUGACUGUGUAUGCACUCUCGCUGUUCCUCCCGACAAUUAUAAAAGGCCUGGGAUAUAGUUCCGCCAUCGCGCAGCUGCUGACCAUCCCCGUCUACGCCGCUGCCUCCAUAGCGUGCAUUGCUGUGGGCUACUUCUCAGACCGGAUGGGCCAGAGGAGUCUCUUCACGCUUGUCUGCUAUGGCGCUGUAUUUGUUGGCUUCCUCAUCGCCGUUGCCCCCAGUCGAUUCAUUCCAGGCUUGACGUACGCAGGAUGCUUUAUCGCUGCCAGUGGCAGCUACCCAGCUAUACCGGGCCUCCUAGCCCUGUCGUCCAACAAUUACGCACCGGCUACGAAACGCGCUGUCGGAAUGGCGAUUCAGAUUGGGCUUGGGAGUUUAGGAGGCGCGGCGGCGUCCAAUUUCUACAAGAAAACAGACGCCCCCAGGUAUCGCCUGGGACACUCCCUGGUGCUGGCCUUUGUGGCAUUGGGCUUCCUGACCGUGGUCCUCUACUAUUUCCUGUGUCGGAGGAUCAAUGCUAAACGCGACCGUGGAGAAGCAACGGCCAGCCAGAACCCGGAUGGGAUAUUCGAAAUGGGCGACAAGGCACCGACUUUCCGCUAUAAUCUGUAA